AUGCAACCAAUGAACGUCGUCAGCCCCCCACGACACGCCGACGACGCCGUGCCAAUUGGGGCAUGCUACGCGCUCAAAGCACCGCUGAAGGAGGCGCCCCGACCGGUCGGCGAAUGGGACGCCAAGCGCAUCGCCGACUUUGCACUGUUUGCGGCGCUUGCGUUGAGCGGAGCAGCGCACGCCGUUUCCGCCGCCAUGCAGGAAGUGAAUGCGACCGACAGUGCGACCGACUGUGCCACCCUGCACGGCCGGCUGCUUGCGGGCAAGGCGCCCCGCGCCAGUACAGAGGAAGACAAUGAGGCUCUCCAUGCACUCACGGGCAGCAUCGGUCUCAUGCUCUUCGAGGCCACGCUGCUGCCCUUUGUGCUCGCCACGUGGGCCGCGCUGCUUGGGCUCGGCACCCGGCGCGCCAAGGACGUGACGCGCGCCGCUGUCGCGCUCGUGUUGCUCGCGCUGGCCUGCCUCCUCCGCUCUUAUAGGGAGCCGGUUACGCGUGGCGAGCUGUUCGAGCUCGCAUUCAUCAUCGGCACCGUGCACUUUAUCAACGGUCUCUUCAUGCUCGAGGAUGACCCGGAGGCGGACGUCGCGGCGCUCGUGCGUAAGUACCGUCGCGCGCUCAGCCUGGCGGGCACGGGCAUCGCGAUGGGCUACUUCUUCAACUUUGUGCAGCCCAUCGUUCGCGCCAUCGAUGGCGGCAAGAAGCGCUCGCCGGGCAGCGCGGCUGCCACUUUGCCAAUCAUGCUGGGCGGCAAGGAUGAGGCGUUGCUUCGAGGCUCAUGCGCGCUCAACAUCCUCAUCCCGCGCGAUCUGCCCGACGCGGAUCUGCGCGGCGAGAUCCGCAAGCUCGCCAGCCCAAGCGGCACGAUUAUCGGCGACCAGGGCUUCCGCCCGAUGCCCGUCAACUUUCUGCCGCCCACCCAGGCGCCGCACCCGGAUGGCAUGUUCGACAUCCCCACGGCGGUCGGCGCGCUCUAUCAGCGCCGGCGCCACCAGAAGGAGCUCGAUGAGCAGGCGAUGGCGGAGGAGGACCAGGCCUUCAAUGAGCAUGCCUUCAGUGUCGUGGAGCGCCACGUGUCUGCCGCGAUGAACUGUGCGCAGCGACCGUGCCGCCUUCUAGUGAGCGCACGCUCCCUCCUGGCGAGCCUGCUGCGCGACGACGUGACUAGCGCGAACACGGCGACCGCGGGCGCGCCGGUGGACACAUCGGAGGUGUCGCUCGCCUUUGAGUUGACCGAUUUUGCAAACGCCCUCAUCGGCCUCAUCGAGCGCGACCCGCUCGCACGCAAGCACGUGCGCGUGUGGUCCGUGCCGCCGCCACCCUUUGACAUGCAGAUGAUUGCUGGCCUGUGCCGCGCGUGUGACGACGCUCCAUCGCCAAACGAGGACAAUAGCUACAAGAAAAAUGUGUACCUUGUCUAUUCCACAAAACGACAAAAAAUCUGCAUCGAUCCAGCGUUCUUCUCGAUCGACAUCCAGGGCUUCAAGGGCGUGAACGACACCAUCGACCACGUCGCAGGCGAUGGCGCGCUCCACCACUACGCCGCUCUGCUGAGCUCGGUGGUGAAGGAGGCUAGUACCGAGGAGAUGAAGGGGGUGGUGUACCGCACUGGCGGAGACGAGCUGUCGGUGAUCUGGAGCAAGGCCUCAGGGGCGCCACGCGACGGGUUCCGCCACAAGGUCGAAGCCGUCGCACAGACCCUGGCGAAGGUCGACCACGUGGUGAAGGGCGAGAAGGACGGCAUGGCCGUCGAGGCUCCCACGUUCCUUCGGAUCGGAGUCGGGCCGACCCACCACCUUGCCGAUCAGCCCGCCGAGAUCCGGUCGCAAGUGUACAUGAAGGCCUUUGGUUCCCUCGAUGCGCGCGGGCAGAUGGUUAGCCGAUCAGAUGCCCGGCUCGAGGGUGUGGCCAUGUGGAUGGCUGUGUGGGAGUAA